AUGACUUCAGCGCUAAAGAAACAACAAAAAAGUAUCUCUGAUUUAUCUGAAAUUGUAAAAUACCUUGCCUAUGAUAUUCGUGAAGUUCGGGAUGGGACUGCAAGAAGUAGUAACGUGAGGUCUAAUACAUCCAAAUCACCCCAAAAUUACACUAGUACUAUUUUCGAACUCUGGGAAGACAUUGAUGCCCUGUUCAAAGAAAAGAAAACUCACGAAAAGCAGUCCAUGGCAAGGCUGUAUCCAAAGGUGACUGAGAAAAUCUGGGACCUUGUCAUCAAACAUAAGAAGGGGAUAGCAAUCAGUGACACCACCGUUAGAAAUUUUCAUAAAAAAAUAACUAAAAAUCUGAAAGAAGAUACACUGGAUUCAUUAAAAUUAUGGGUAUCCAAGCAGAAGGGUGAAAUAGAUAGUGAACCUAAAAGCUGGUCUUGA